GGGGAGCAGGGAGGCUCCCUUCUUUGCCUUUAAAGGUUUCCCCGUAAGUGAUGCGCACCCACAUCCCACCCACAGACUCAGCUGAGUUGCUGUGGCAACCUGGCAGGUAGGUUGCGGGUACCAAGAGGCUUCUCAGCAUCAUUUUUUGGGCCUGGGAAGCAGCUGGGCAUUGGAGAUGCUAAUACUCUCCUCUAGCGGUUCAUGUGUCCCACAUUCUGACUGGGACAAGUUCCUUUUUUUUGGACUACGAUCUCCAGAAUCCUCCCCCAGCCAGCUUUGCUCAGAGUAAAAACAGUUUCUUUAAAGGGAAUCCAGAUAGAGCUUUUCUCCCACAUUUUGUGCCAUUCUCUUAUCAAUCCAAGGAGUCCCCCCCCCCAAAUGUGACAACAGAGCAAUCAAUGCAAUGGAUUGCCCUUUAAAAACAUUGUAAUGAGUAACAGCCAUGAAAAGUACAAACUGUCUCCAAAUGACUUUUCAAAAGGGAUUUUUUCAAAGGGCCUGGCUUGGGAAGCUAAUAGCUUGACCGGGUCUAUGGUUGCAGCCUCUUCUGAAAUGUAUCUAAUCCACACCCCUCCUCCUAGAAGACAAAACAUAUUUUUAGGUACCAUGUGAGCGUCUCAAUUUUGGCAGGUCCCCUUUUCCUCUGCUGGGUGAAGUCAGUCUCUCCUCACCUGCAGCACCAAUGGAGGGGGGGGGGAUUUGGUCUGGUUCAGAGGAUGCCCAGGUGGCUGGUCCUGCACUGGGGAGGACCCACUGGCCAAAAGGCCUUGUCCCCUUCCAGCCAGGCCUUCUAAUCCUGCGGGAGGCGUGUGUCACACCAGGGGCAAGCCCCAGCUUGUGCGUUGCCAGGGGACUCCCUGCAGAGUCCUUCCCGUCUCCAUAAACACACCUUGGAGUUGCUGCUCUUUGCCAAGUAGAAAUGGCUGUGUGUUUUCCCUUUGAUCCUCCAGAAAUGGGAGCUAGUUUGAAAUGCAGCUUUAAAGGGUGUUGGUGGUGAGGGUCAAGGCUGACCUGACUGCAGGGCAGGAUGAGGACCCACAGGUGUCUUUCCUGGUUAGUCUUGUGUUGCAGUGAGUGAUGGAGAGUCCAUUCCAAGGCUGGGCUUUAAAUGAGAGAGGCCAAGCCUGAAACCUAGUUUGGUGGCAAGGUCGCCUGCCUUGGAAAGCCCCUAUUGACCCUGUGACCACUACAAAAAGAGCAUGGUGGUGUGUGGGUAUGGGGCUACCCCACUUUCUUGAGAGAGAGGCCAGCAUGGGCCAAGCAUGCCAAGUAGGCAGAGUGACCGCUGGACUGAGCAGGGUCCUUCCACCUCCAUCCAGGAAGGACUGCUUGACACCCCCAUCCCACACCUUGGGUGACAUGGUGGCAGAGGCCACAUUAUGUGUUUGUGUGUGUAUUUGUAUGUAUACAUUUGUACUCCUUGACUGUGCCAAGGUGCCCACGGUGCCACAUCAUCCUUGCUGCGAAAAAGCAUUUCCAUUUUUGCUCCUCUGCUUCUCGGCUGGGCUGGAAAGAGGAUACUAAUGUCUAAUGGCCAACGGAGCCUGGGGGGUCUCUCAGGGAAUCCUAGCCCCGCUUUUUCUCCUCCUGAGAGAUGGAGGUCAGCAGGCCUGCAAUGCUGCUAUUCAUUCCCCCCUUCCUCUCUAAGAAUUGCAGCUCCUUGGCUCCCCUGGGCAGCACCAGGGGCCUCCUCUGGGAAGGGCAAGGGGCAGUUCUGCCUUUCCAGAUGGGUUUCCCAUUGCCCUGAAUGGCAGCUGGGAGACCCCCAUGAUGCCAGGGCAGUGGGGAAACCCAGGCUCACCAGGAGCUCUCCAAGUGCUGAAGGCCUUUCAAUAGGAUCAGUGUGCUGGAGAAGGCCUUGCCAGCCCCACAAAGCCUGGUAUGGGCUUACUGCCCUCUUGACAUGGAGGGAAAUCUGGGGAGGAGGAAAGCAUGGCCUCGGGAAUGCCAGUGAUCCUGCGCAUGUGCGCAGACACGUCUCCACUCACACAACAUUCACACGCACACCCACAACAAAAGUCACACAAAAGGUUGGACCUGGCUUGGGGAAAGGCAUUUUUGGGGGGUGUUUUAUUUUUGAGUGGAAUCAGGUUGCAAACGUUCAAGGGUCCUUUGGAGGGGAGAGGUUUUAAUGCCCGCUCUCUGCAGGGAGGCUGCCAAGAGAAGCCUUGAAAUCUUUGCUCACGGGAGGAAUAUUAAGGAGAUAUAUUGUGUUGCGUUGCAUUAUUUAUCACAAAGCUGUGCCUGAGUCUCUCUCUUUCUCUUGCAAAGAGAAAAGUGGGGUGAAGAGAUCUUGAAUAAAUCAACAGCCCAAACAAUGAAGCGCAGGCCUUGAAAGUGUUGUGCGUUGCAGUCAGAAAGUAGACGCAGGGGCCCAAUUAGACCGCAAUAUUCAGUCGUGUGUAACGUUUUCCUCAGUGCUCAUACAGUACCUUGUUUGUUGUGUAUCUUGAAGUUGUUUCUGCAUCCAGGCUAUGCUGGCUGGGGGAUUCUGGGCAUUGUAGUCCAAAAGGAGGGAGGUGGCUUGGCCAGACAUUGGCACAAAGUGAGCCUUGGGCAUUCUUGAAAUAUCCCUCUCCUUCCAUUACUGCUGUUGUUAAUCCAUUUCAAAUGUUUUGUCACCGAGAAGCAUUUUGGAAAAAGCCGUGUUUCGGUUUCUGCCUGGUCCUGAUGAUGACCGUGGCCACAGUAGGCCUAGAUCCAGCCGUGCAAAGCCACAAGAGAGGCCGGUCUUUCUUGGGCCGGCUAAAACACACAAAGCACAUGAUAGCAGCAGCUUGGGCGUUUUGGUGGCACCAAACACAUGACACCAAGGUAUUGGGGUUGCCCAAAACACACGAUGCAAACUUGUGUGUUUUGUUUGCGCAAAAUGCAUGAUGCUGCCAACUUGGGUUGCACAAAUGCCAAGGUGGGUACUGUCAAACAACACACAUGGUGGGCCUAAGUAAAGGUGGUUAUCACUUGUGGAUCUGGGAUGUAGGAGUAGUAGUAAUAGUAGACAUUUAGUAUUAUUAUUGGCAGUGAAUGGACUCCUUCCAUGUCUCCCACCUGAAGCGGGAGCUGGGCCUGAGGGUCUUCUCCCUGGCUUCCCUCCUGCGUCCAGAAGGGGGCGCCUGGGAGCCGGCGCAGAGGCUGCCCUCUUCCUCCUCCUCCUCUCUUCCUUCUUCAUCCGCGCUGGACGCGGCGCAGGUUCCGCGGCGGAUCCGCCUUUGCAGCGGAGAAGAAGAGGAGGAGGAGGAGUGGAACGCGAUCUUAUUUUCCGCCCGGCGUGCCCUGGAUUUGUGGCUGGCCCUUGGUCUUUUGAAAACCUGGCAACGUGGCUGUACCUGUCGGCGAAGGCGAAAUGGGGCAGACCAGUGUGGCGUUUCCUUUCUUCUGCACCAUGGUGACUAAGCACCAUUCUUCAUCAACCAAGGAGGCUCUGUUUAAAAGGCACGACGGCAGAGCUUGGCAUGGAGCCGAGAGGGGAGCUGUGGCCAGCUUUGCCCAUGUAUAGACCAGCUGCCCCAAAAGCAGGACUCAUUUUGGACUGCGCUGAGAUGACGAUCUGAGGCCGAUCUGGAGGGAGCAGAGAGCGGACUCUAAAAUGACCCGAACGGACCCGCCUGACCUCCUGGUAUCAACGGUGUAUCAGGAUAUCCGCGUGUCUUCGGUCACCCCCUCCCACUUUUCUGCCGGCCCACCCGCCAGGCCAUGCGAGACCUCCAUGUCUUCCUCCCUGGAAAACCAGCCCUCCCAGCACUUUAACAAGCGCCACUGCCGCAGCUUCGACUUCCUGGAGUCCCUCGACGACCCACCAGCCACCCCACCCGCUAUGGAACGGAUCUCCCGGAGACCCCCAACACCAGAGCCCUCCUCAGUCCCUGGGGGCAGGAAGCCGUCUGUCAGGGCGGCCGCUUUGGAGGAGUACGUCGGCAAGGCCCACUCCCGUGGGAGGGAGGCCCUCAGAGAACAGGCUGCGCAAGUGGAACCCAAGAGGCGGGCGCGGUCCAAGAGCGCCCCCCGGACCAAAUCCUCCUUCAUCCCAGUCGCCAUCCCCAUCUCCUCAUGUUCCCCGCCAGCCCCGGCUCGGAGGGGUCGGGAGACGCACCGCGUGCCCAGGGAACUCGAGCGGAUGGAGGUGUCCCCUCGCCGGGACGGCAGCUACGCCUCCAUGAAGGCCCUUAUGAAUGAGGUGCACCCUAUCAAGCUCCAGCCUCAGCGCAGCAGCGGCAGCCGCAUCUCCCCACUCUGCGUCUCUGGCACCAACUGCUACGAGGCCGGACACCCGGCCAUGCGGCCUCCACCUCCAAGUGUCCAUGUCAAGCGGCGGGUGGACAUCAAGCCAGAUGAGGCCACCGUCAUGCACGCUGCCCGCAGUGCCAAGCCUUCCCAUGGGCAUGGGGAAGCCCCUCUCGCCUGGCCACGUCCUCCAGGCACUGCCCACAGCCUGACUGUGCCCAGCAGCCGGCAGGUGUCUAUGUCUCGGACACCCACACCCAGUGACACCUACAGCGGAGACCAUCGGGUGCUGCCACUGUAUCCCGCUGACCUGUACGACGGGGGUCCUGCCAUGCCGGAAGGGGGCUGCAUCCCCUAUUCCCCAUACGUGCCAACUAAGUUCUUCUAUACCGAGGAGCCAGGCAGUGGCUUCCCUUUGAAAAGCUCCGGCUACGAAGGGUACCCAACCCAUUAUGGGGCCCCCGUCCUUCCUCCUCCAUCACAGCCCUUUUACACAGAUGAGCCUCCGCAAAGCAGCUUCCACCCUGUUCCUGGAAGAACGUUUUUUGUGGAGGAAAACCGGACGCAUUAUCCUGUCCAGGAGGCCCCCACUCGGACUUACUACAGCGAUGACCCCCAUUUUUACACCCCCCGGACUGUUCCCUUGAAGGCCGUUUACACUGAAGACCCCCGAGCCUAUCCCGCUGUGGCAGCCAACCCCAGAGUCUUCUAUGCGGAAGACUAUGGGAAAUACCACGAACGGGAAGCCAUGUCUCGGACAUACCCACAUCCUCGGAGUGUCCCCCCUGUGCAUUUUAAUGACUGGUAUUGCCCUGAGAGGGGGACACCUCCCUACCAGACGUGGCAGAUGUCUCGAGUCCCUCCCCAGCAGCCUGCGCCCCAUGCCAUGCUGUCCUCCUGGCAUGCCAGCUACAGCGUCAGCCCUCCCCGGCUUGGUGUGGACACACGGCACUACUCCAAGUCAUGGGAUAACAUCCUGACCCCCCACGUGCGCCGGGAGGAUCCUCUGUUGCGCGGGCGCAGCUAUGAGAACCUCUUGGCCAGGGACCCACAUCGUGCCUUAUCCCCUGAUGACCGGCGGCAACCCGUGGUGGUCAACCUCUCCAGUUCACCCAAGCGCUAUGCUGCCCUCUCACUAUCUGAGAACUCUCUUCUGGAGAAGAUGCAUGCAGAUGGUGGGCGCCAUGGCUGGUUCGUCACCCCAGAGAUCACCAUCACGGACAACGACAUCCGGGCCAAUGGGUUCUGCAAGGGCGAGAGGCGAUCGGCCAGCUGGGACAUCCUGGAUUCGGGAGACAUGCGGGAGAGGGGCUGUGGCCCACCACAGCCUUACGUUCUGGACCCCGGUGCCAAAGAAAGUGCCGCCCGGCAGCGCAGCCUGGAGCAGCUGGACGAGCUCAUUACCGACCUUGUCAUAGACUAUAAGCCCCCAUCCUUCUGCCAGCCCAGCGAAGUGAGCAAUUUGGCCGACCAGCUCCGGCGACUGAUCAGCGACGGCUUGGCCCUGCCGGCUAAGAAGCCGGAGUCCUGGAAGCCGCUGGAACCCCAUCCCACCAAGGAGCAACCUGGGCGCAGCUCUUUCCAUGCUGAGCUGCGCAAGGACCAAGGCCGGCGCUCGGCUGAUGCCCCUGCGCCCACGGCCGGAGUCUUCGAGAAGCCCCCGGAGGAAUGUUCCCCGGACCUCAGCGCUGAUGAGGACGAUGUGAUGAUGUGCUCCAAUGCCAAGUGCCGGCGGACGGAGACCAUGUUCAACGCCUGCCUCUACUUCAAGUCCUGCCACAGCUGCUACACCUACUACUGCUCCCGCAACUGCCGCCGCGAGGACUGGGACACCCACAAAGAGAGCUGCAUCUACGGGCGGAUCGGCAGCACCUGCCGCCACGUCCUCCAGUUCUGCCGGGAGAACGGGGAGGUCCACAAGGCCUUCUCCCGCAUCGCCAAGGUGGGCUUCCUCUCUCGGGGCCGCGGCGUCCUCUUCCUGGGCUUCCCCAACUCGGGCUCGGCAGAGAACUUCCUGCAGUUCGGCCUGGAGAGCCUGCUGAUGUCGCCCACCUACCUGUCCAUGCGGGAGCUGGAGGGCUAUUCGGACAACCUCGGGGAGUACGCCCGGGAGCUUCGGGAGGCCGGGCAGCAGUACGACCCGGAGGAGUGCUUCCUCCUGAACGUGACCGUGGCAGUUGGGCAGAACGUCCCCGAGAGGCCCUCCCCCAAGGUGCAGGUGCCCACUGUCCGCAAGUACGCCAAGGUGGCCUUAGCCUCCUCCAGCCCCGAGAAGAAGAUCCUUAAGAAGGAGAGGGACAUGGAGACGCUGAUCCUGACGCCGCCGCCAGGGACAGCCGACAUCGACAAGGAUGGCGAGGAGGGGCGCAAGGCCCGCGAGGUCUGCUUCAUCAACAUCCAGCGGGAGCUGCGCAUCCGCGGGGUCUUCUUGCGGCACGAGUUCCCCAAGGUGUACGAGCAGCUCUGCUCCUUCGUGGAGAGCAACAAGCGCUUCACGCCCACCACCAUCUACCCCAUCGACAAGCGGACUGGGAAGCAGUUCAUGUGUAUGAUCAUGGCGGCCUCCGAGCCGCGCACGCUUGACUGGGUGGCCAGCCCCAACCUCCUGGAUGACAUCAUGUGAUCUCUCCUUCCUUCCUUCCCUGAAUCUUUCCCUCUCUUCCUUUCCCCAUCCUGCCAAGGAUCUUCCGCUGAUCACCCUUUUCUUAGAAGUGUAUUUUAUUAUCAGAGUACAAAUGUGGUUGGUUGGUAUGUUCCUCUUGUCUCUAGAAGUCACUGUCAGCUGGGUAGCGAAUGGGUCAACCCAACAGGGGAGGAAAGUUCCUUGGGGGAAGAUCGUGGUUGGGGCCCCUUGCACACUAGCUGCUCUAGGAUACUGCCAAAAUAGGCGUUCCUCAUCAGAUCAAAAUUAGAACGUGGGACUUAGAAAUGCACAUUACCUUCUAAAAAAAUUACUUUAAGGAAUCAGUACUUUUGACGUUUUGGUGGCCGGCUGUUUUGUUGAUAUUGUUUAAACCUGGACCCUGUUUCUUUCUUUCUUUCAUCUCUCCUUUCCACCCCUCCAGUAACAAUAUGAAGGGAAGACUGGGAUAUGUUGGGGUUAGUUGUCUUUAACUGAAGCAGGGAAAUAGAAAGUAGAAGGAAAAACAGAGUUGGCAACCCACAUUUCAGCUGGAAUACAGUUGGGGGACUUUGGUAUCUGCUGGGGGCCCCCACUGUUCCCAAAAUCCAGGGAUGCUCCAGUCUCCUUAAAUACAGCGUCCUAGUCAAAUGGCAUCUCUUACAUAAAAUGGCAAAUUCAAGGUUUGCUUUUUUUGGAAUGUAUAUUUUUAACAUAUUUUCCCGCUGUGGAUGGCUGAAUCCGUGGAUAAGGAAUUGGUGGCUACAGAGGGCCAACUGCAAUUUCAUUGUUACUCCUUUCCACCCACCCACCCAAAAACAUUUCUGCUUUAUCCCGCUGCCCAUCUGUCCACUCUUGGUCAAGGGCAAUGGGUGGAUCAACAAGGAUGGCGGGAGACUAUUACAAAUACUUUUAACCAACUGGGCUGCGAUGCCUCCAGAACUCAAGGGCUUUGGGAUGGGGAUGUCCUUCACAUCUGGGUUUAUCAGUACCAGCGUUGCCUGCCAGAGGAGGGUUCGAGAACUCUGCAAGGACUUCCAGCACAGAUUUGGGGCUGCCAUUUUGCUCUGUAACCACUAGACAACAGUGCUACCUCUCUCUCUGAAUCUGUUCAGAUAUCAGGUUUGAUGCCUCCUUGCCCAACUCCUGGGGAAUGGACGCCCCAAUGCCCUUGGCUUCUCCUCUGCAGAGAUGAGACCUGUCCAGCCAGACUCUUGGCAGUGGAUGCUCCAUGUUGAGCCCCCAUAGCUUGAUGUAGAGGGGAUUCUGUGGGUUGUAGUCCCCAGGAGAAGAAACACUUUAUCCCAACUCUGUUCCCACUGUUGCAUAUCAUCCUUGGAUGCCUCCUCUUCCGGGCUUUGGAGUACUUUGUAAGAGAAACAUUGCCUGGCUUUUCAGCCACAGGGGCUAGAAACUUGGUUUUCUUUUUGAUAAAGCCCAAUUUCCACUUUCUUUCCAUCCAUCCAUCCAUCCAUCCAUCCAUCCAUCCAUCCAUCCAUCCAUCCAUCCAUCCAUCUUUCUUUCUUAGAAGGCUGGUGCAGAGCAUGGAUGCCUAUGCUUUUGUCUGCCUUGCAUUUGACCCCAAUAUGUCUCGCCUCCCCAUCCCCAUGUGCAAAUGUGGUGCCAUGGGUGUAGUUAUGGGGUUGCAGAGUGUGCAGUUGGUACUGGGUGACAGUUCUGGGGGAUGCCACCCUGUGCGCUGGUGGGUUGCCUUCUGGGUCUGGCUGCUCUGCUGUUCAAGAGGCAAAAAGAGUUGCUUGCUUUCGCUGUCUGGCUAGCAGCUUCACCAAACCUCAAAAAGGCUGUUGAAGUGGAGCAUUAAAAAACGAUCCGUACCAGGUGUCAAGUAUAGUAAGAGCACUACUGUGCAGAACUUUAGGGGUGGAGGAAGGAAGUAUCUGACAUGCCCUCCGGCCUUGAGGAGGACCAGCAAUCCUGGCACCUGUCCCUUCUUUUUCUCUGCCUGAACCCUCCUUUUCCCUACCCACUUGCCUGUUCGCUUUCUGCGGCCACAGCCCCAUUUGGUCCAAAGGGAUGCCCCCUCCGGCCAGAUGGCCUUUGUGCCAGCUCUGCCUGGCAGGAGAGGGAACAGAGAGCCAAUAUACCAUUGGCGAAAUCCAGGUCAGGAGCCGCAGGAGGAGAAAAAGAAAUAGGGGAUGGGGUUGCCAUGGAAACGCUGCACACCCGCAUGCUCUAUCCAUCCUUCAUGGAAGAGCGAUGGGAGAAAUGGAGGAAUAGCAGGCCAGGAAAGUAGCCAAAGCCCAAAUUGCGCUUCCCAGGCCUUGAAAAUACAAGGGACCCUCUCCCUCCCUCUUUGGGCAAAAGCCCCAGAGGCUUGUGGCUGGUCCUCUGGUCACUCUCUUAAGAAUAAUUUGGGUCUCUUUCUGCAUCGGGGAUGAUGGCUUCUCUCCCUGCGCCGAAUUAUGCGUCCUCAGAAGAGAGACCUCAGGACUCAUAAACCAUCCCUUUUCUCUCUGGGCUCUGCAAGACUGAAAUGGUGCCAGUUUUAAUUUAGGUAAAAGCAAACAACUCUGCUGUCACAAUUUUGGGGUGUCUUGGGGAUUUCUUGGCAUGUUGUGGCACUGAUGGGCGAAGGCUGUGUGUGUGCAUAUGUGUGCGUAUGUGUCUUUUGGGGAGGGCUUGUGUUGAAAGUCAGGAACGGAGGGUUGGGGAUGAUGGGUGCAUGGCAAAGUGUGCAUGAUGCGUGGCGUUGGUGUGGAAACAUGCAUACGCAGUCACUGUAGGAGCCCUGGUGGCGCAGUGGUUAAAUGCCUGUACUGCAGCCAUUCACUCGAAACCACAAGGUUGCGAGUUCAAGACCAGCAAAAGGGCCCAAGCUCGACUCAGGCUUGCAUCCUUCCGA